CUGUGGUGCUAGUUUAGCUGUGGCACAGGCAAAGAAGAAGAAAGAGUGGACGACAACAGCGUGGGUUUGUUGAAUUUACCGGUUAUUUAAAAUGACACACGCGGACGCAGAGCCCCGUCGACCCUCCCUCUAUUUAGAAGUUUGUUCCCAAGGUGAGGAGGCUCGUCUCCCCCUGCACUCCUCCAUCACCCUCUUCCUCCUCUCGUACUGCGGCUGUAAGUCUUUCAAAGUGUCCCUGGUCUCCUCCACACCCUCCUGCUCGCAGGCUCUGAGGCAGGGGCUCGUACCGGAGAGCGUGGAGGUGUGUGAGGCUCAGCCGGAGGGUCUGCCUCCGCUGGUGAGGGGCUCUUGUCUCCCCGCUGUGCUGGAUGAGAGCGGGCGGCUGUGCAGGGCUGGACUGGCCGUGGUGCUGAGACACAUCAUCCACAAGACCCUGGAGGCUGAUCCCUGCAGGAAGGAUGUGCAGGCGCUGCUGGGCUUCAAGAAGACCUGCCUGAAGGCCUGUGCUGAGGUGAGCCAGUGGACCAGACUGUGUGAAACUGGCAUCCCCUCAGCUGUAGAAGAGCACCUUCAAAAUCCCACAGAUCAAUAUCAGCAGCUGCCUCUCUCCAUCCUCACCCUGGAGCGAAGGCUGGCGGAGCCGGUCAAAGUCCACAACGAUGACAAAAUACGCCGGCAGAAACUCCAAGAGCAGAGACAGAAUGAGAAGAACGAGUCGCCUGAAGUCCGAGCAGAUGUGAACAAUGAGUGUGAGCCUGGACUGUCGCCGCAGGUCUCUGAUGGACUGGAGCUCAGGGCUGCUCUGGCCAAGCUGUCUGUGGAUGCAGUUCCCGCUGUGACCGCUAGGGAGAGCUCUGAGAUCAGGAAAGUGAAGACCAUAGAUCUCCCUCCGCUGGAGCAUGUGUUUGCUGAAGGACUGUACUUCACUCUGACGGAUGUGGUGCUGCUGCCAUGCAUCUAUCAGUACCUGUGUUCUCUCCAAGCCCACGCUGUGAGUACUCUGCAUCAGCUCCCCCACCUGCUGCGUUGGUUCAGCCGUGUUCAGGAGGUACCUGGGGUCCUUCGUGCAGCCAAGGCUUGUGGUAUAGUUCUUUCCAACCUCCAAGUUCCUACAUCCACACCCCCAGUGCUGUCAGCAAAGGACAACCCAUCUUGUCAACUGGAGCAAGAAGAAAACCAGGAGACGACGUCACAACUGCCUUUUGUCGGUGGCCCCAGGCCCACAAUGACUAAACUUAAAGAGAAAGGCAUCCAGGCAGUCUUCACUCCUCAUCCUUGCCCUGCCUGGACCCUCCCAUGGGACAGCUUGCCAGGAGCUAUCAACCCCACUGAAGGUAAAAUGUCAAACAUCCGUGCCGUCAGGAAGAGGCAGCAGCUGAAUAACUUGGUUGCCAUGGUUACGGAGCUAGCCAGGCCAGGACACACGAUUGUGGAUUUCUGCAGUGGAACGGGCCAUGUAGGGAUUGUUCUGGCUCACACUCUUCCAGAUUGCCAGGUCAUCCUCAUAGAGAACAAAGAAGAGUCCUUGGUCAGGGCCGAGUGUCGCAGUGCAGAGCUCGGUCUGAAAAACAUCGGCUUCAUUCAGGCUAAUUUGGAUUACUUCACUGGACCUUUUCAAAUUGGGGUGGCCCUCCAUGCAUGUGGCGUUGCAACGGACAUGGUGAUGGAGCAUUGUAUCCAGGCAGGAGCCGCCUUUGUCAUCAGUCCCUGUUGCUAUGGCUUCAUUCAGAACGCAGUCAAGUUCACCUUCCCCAAGAGCAAAAGGUUCAAAGAAACCCUGACUUAUAAGGAACACAUGAUCCUUUGCCGCUUUGCAGACCAAACUGCUGCCCAGCUCCCUCCUGACCGACGACUCAUAGGUAAACAGUGUAUGGGCCUGGUCGACUUGGACCGGUCGUGGGCAGCAGAGACCCAUGGGUACUCUGUGCGGGUGAUGACCAUGGAGCCUGAAAGCUGUUCACCGAAGAACAACAUGCUGGUGGGGAAGCCUCCGCAGAAGAGCGGACUGGAAGUCAGUGCGAGCCAACUUGAAGCAGCGGUGCAUAGCAAGGACUGAAAGCAGCGGUGUACAGCAGAGCUUCUUCUGCAUGGUCGGGGUUUGAUAAGGUGCCCAGUGACUCUGCUGAAAACUGUUUCGUAUCCAACCUCCACACUUUAUUUCUAUUCACUUUUAACAAGCCCCCCCCCUUUUUGUAAGAAGUGGCCUCAGAAAAAUAAAAAGAGAUGUCUGCUUAUUUUAUCUGUCCUGAAGUCAACCUCCACAAUUUCUGUCAGCCUUGAGGUAGAAUCAACGUUGCCAUGAUUUUUGACUUGAUAAACACCUCAGAGGACAAACCUGCUCCUUAGUCUAAGAUCCAGUCAUUUUCAACCUGGUGUAUGUCCCAUAAACAAGGCUCAGAAGAGAGUAUGACUGCAGGGGAAGUGUUGAAUAUCUCAGCCAGCCAAUUGACCUGGAUGUAGAUCCUUAUAAGUCAGCAUGAUGAUCCUACAUACUCGGUCAGACACCGAGUAAAAUCAUUUAUUUAGAAAGCUGGAGGAGACUUGCGCUGAUUACCCACGAAAUACCCUACGUCCACAUUUCCCCCCCGAUUCUUCGACACGAGUCGCCACAGCCCAUAGAUCCACAUUAACAAGAAAUAUAUCAAGAUGAAAAAUACUGGAAUCAUCCUUCAAAUGUGCUCAAUUAUAUACUGUGAUCGAGCUAUCAGCGUAAACAGUAGCAGAGACAAUUACACGCCCACAUCGUGAAUUAAGUACACAAUACUUCCACAUGCUGUUUCUGCAAAUAGUCUGCAGCCCUCUGUGAUGGAUCUCAGCAGUCAGCUCUAUCUGUCGCCUAGUAUUAACACAAGGAAGAGAAACUCAUCUGCACUUAGAUGAGAUGGGAGUUAUCAUUAUCUACCCUUCCUGUGUGUGUUUGAGAGAAACUGAGAGGGAGGAACUGGAUUCAAACUCGUAUCACAUCAGGUGAAAUAUAGCAUUUGUCAAGGUUCUACAGAGAAACUGAUUAUUCCUCAUAAAGUAUGGAUGUGAGUAUGGUAUGCAUCCAGUAAUACGUUCAGCAACAAUGAAUAUUUUAUGAUGCCGGCAAAAAGGUCAGGGUGCUUGAUUAGAUGUGCAGUGUUCAGAGCCGAGUAGCUAAAAAAUCACACAAUGUGCUCGCCAUUUCCAAUCCUGUGCACCGUGGACGCACUACAGCCUGAGAGCUUUCAUUCUCGCGGGUGAAACCGGUCAUCUGUGUCUCUCUAAAAAAAAUCAUUUGUGUUCAGCUUUGACAGUGCGUUGCAGCUUCUUGAGAAAACUGAGCAGGUAGCCGGAGCGCUGGUUUUCCCACUCACACUGUGAAGGGAUAACUGAGAGAGUUGCAUUCGUCUCCAGCUUUGAGCUCAUCUGAAUUCAGUAAGCAGAGUCAAUCUUUCCUGAGGUGAAUGGCCACAGACACAGCUCCUUCCAACCACUGGAAUUGUUUCAAAAGGAGAAGCAACUGACUGAACUGCCUGUUCUCGCUGGUGGCUCUGCACAAGUGGAUAUUUCAGAAGUGCAAAUAGGCGUAAAGGAGGAGAGAGGGAGUUUGUGGCACCCGGUCGAGCUGACAUUAGAGAGGACAAUAUUGAGGUGCAUUUAACCUGAACACCCGGAGCCAGACAAUGACAUCACAAAUCACUUUGGGGGAAAAAAUGAGGAGAUACCUGAUUUUAUUAUUUGAAUAGGGCGUUUAUUUACUAUUCAUCAGCUUCACAAAGCCUUUAUAUGAGCUGAAUGUAUCGUCAGCUUCACCAAGGAGGCUCUCAUCUGUGUUUGUUUGUAUUUUAGCACAAUUAAGCAAAAACUAUACUCAACCAAUUUCUUCUACAUUUUAUGGAGCUGUGGGACAUGACCCAACAAAGAACCCAUUCAUUUUUAAUCCGCUUUGUAUUUUUACAAUAUCGAGGGUAUAUGAAGAUGAGUAAUGUUUAAUUCCCCACUGAGUUGCCUGGACCAGGAUAUACUCCGACUUUUGUUGCCAAAACUCUGUCAGAUUACGAUUUUUAAAUCACUUUUGCCAACUGUGUGCUAGAAAUUCCACAUGCACCUCCACAUUUUGUGUAUGCAGUCCGAUCGAGAGAGGGUGGACAGCGCAAAAACUGGUGGAAAUCAACUAGAAGACAAUUAUCUGAUAGAUGGACGAUAUUGGAAGUGUAUAAAAUGAGUCUGAAUACACAGCGGAGGAACUACGUCCUAUGGAGGAGGGAUCAGCGUAUUGUCGUGAAUGCAGAUGAGGGGGUGGAUCUAAGAAUAGAUAAUAAUUCAAGGAUCUUGCUGCAAGAAAUCCGUCAUGUUUAGGGGACUGAUAUGAAUGUGUACAAUUUGGUGCAGAUCCAAAUAAAAAUCCACAUCUGAGUGAAUUUAAAUGUGGUUUCAUAAGAGGACUGUUGGGCCUUGAUGGAGCUUUGUGCUCUACUGAGUUCCAUUCUAGCUCAUAGUGUGAUUAACCAAUUGGCCUUUCCCAACAUGUGAGCUGAACCUGAACCAAAUGUUUUCUACAUGUAAAGUAAGAUGUAAUGUAACCAGUGGCUGUGUAAGUGUUCACAAAUGAAUCGUGACUUAAAACUCGGACUAACGCUAUAACUUUUCUCACACUCUUUUUCAAAAGCUCUGAACUCCACAAUCUGCUGCAGCAGAAAUCGUCUACCAGGAAAAAAA